AUGACCAUGAGCAAGAUUUUAUCUCAAUUAAAUGUUAAAGAUUUAUUUAAUAAUGUGAAACAAUUUCUCUUGGAUACAUUCAAAGAACUUGAUCUUGAUAAAGCUGAAGCAUUAAAACCAAAAAGUAAGCUGCUCGAUGAUUUUGAUCCAAGUGACUUAUUAAAAAAAUGUAGUUCAUUAGAAUAUGAUGUUAUCGCAUUUAACGAUGAAAUAAGAUUAAACCCCAGUUAUAAAGCUAAUCAAUGGAAAAUAUGGGGUGGUAUCAUUCUAGGUGGAGUCACCCUUGCUGUCGUAAUCGUUUUAGUGGUGGUGAUGCCAGCAUGGGAGCUGGCUGUUUUUUAG